AUGUCUAUAUCACCGCCACCAUUUAGUCCACCUCGACAUGGCUCGAAUUCAAAUGAAGAAGAUGAUAAUAAUAUUGAUGAUGAUGAAUAUAUUGAUUCUCCACGAACAUUAAUAUCAUCAUUUGAUUUAUAUAAAAAUGCAAUUGAUAGUUUACGUUCAUCAGUUACAUGUCAAUCAAUUGAACAACAACAAAAUGCCUUGGAACAUUUUAAGCCAUUAUCAACACGAACUAAUGCUUGGUUAUAUAUGCGUAUACAUGAUGAUUUAUUUACUAUAUUAUUAGAAUAUAUAUUAAUUGAAAAUUUAUCAAUACAAUCAACAGUUUUAAGUAUUUUUGCUAAUAUCGCCUGUGAACAAGCAUCACAUGAACAGAUCUUAGAAACUGAUUUAAUCGAUAUAGUUUGUCAGAAAAUAAUCGAUACUGGUCCAAUAGAUAUUACAAAUCGAUGUUUUCGAUUACUAGGCAAUGUAUGUACUGUUGAAGAUGCAGCUCGAAAAAUGAUUGAUGCAGAUUUAACACGAUCGAUGGGUAAUGUAUUGCGUACUUGUACAGAUGCUGCAUGCUUACAUUCAACAAUUCGAUGUGCAAGAAAAUUAAGUACAUAUGCAUUUUGUCGUGAUCGAAUGCUUGAUUCGAUGUGUUUAUUAUCAAUAUGUAAACAAUUAUUUGCUGAAAAAGUUGCAUUACGUAAAGAAGCAAUGAAAGCUGUUUUAGAAUGGGAUAUUGAAAGUUCAGAUAGAAGUCGUUCACAAUUACGUGAAGGUGAUAUAUUUCGUUUUUUAAUAACAACAAUUGAAGCUAAAUCAGAUAAAGAAUAUCGUCAUAUUGCAUUUCGUCUUCUUAAUAAUUUAUUACGUCAUAGUGAUAUGCGUACGGAAUUUGGUUUACGUAAUGGUUUAAAUUUUCUAUUAAACAUGAUUAAUAAUCAUCAAUAUCAAUCAACUUUUGAACAUUUAAAAUUUAUUGGAUUAUAUUGUGUUUGUUGUCAAGAAACAACUAAUCGUCGUUUAAUUAAAGAUGAUAUUAAUAAAUUACAAUUAUUUUUUAAUUAUCUAGAAAAAUAUCAAUAUCGUUCAAAUUUUUUGGAUCUUUUAUUAACAGCGAUUGGACAAUUUAUUUAUGAUGAUCAAUCACUAACUAUAUUUGUUAAACAAAUGCAAUUUGUUGAACGUAUGUGUGAUUUAUUAGAAUCGAUUAUUUUGAUUAAAUAUGAAAGUAAUGAAAAAAGAUUAUUAACUGAUGAUGAACAAGAUUUAAAGAAAAGAAAAAAACUGAAAACAAAACAUACGACUGAUAAUGAACAGCAACAACAAAAACGUAUGUCUGUUAUGAUAGAUUUUAAUGAAAGUUUAUUUACUGAAUUUGUUGAAAAUACACACUUGGAUGAUGAACGUCAAACUUCAUUAUCAUCUCAAGUAUCUUCUUCGACAAAUACCAAUAUAGAAAUUCGUCGUCGUACUGAAGCAUUAAUAUUUACAUUAUUAUCGAAAUUAUCUUAUGAAGCAACUGAUAAAAAUUUACGACGUUUUCUUUAUAAUCGUCGUCUUGUUUCUUUACUUCUUCGAUAUAUUUAUUCAUGUGAUGAACCAAAUCCACGUGCUCUACGAAUCAUUUCUCGUUUAACAAAAAUGAUUGAUUGUACAGAAUAUUUAAUUGAUCUUGGUUUACCUUAUUUAAUAACAUUAAAUUUUUAUCAAAAUAUCUUUUUAAGAGAAUCAUCUCAUAAUAUAAAUAUGGCUGAUCAAUAUUUAUUAGAUAUUCUUCUUAAUGAAAAUCGAGCAUUUUUUCAACGUUUAUCAUGGACAAAUGAACAAAAUCGUUUAAAAAUUAUUGAAUAUAAUCUAGUAAAAAAUAUUGAAAAUUUGAUAAAUACACCAUAUGCAAUUAAUGAAACUAUACGACGAUUAAAUGAUGUCAAUAUUGAUGAAAAAUCUUACAUAAUAUUAACUAUUGUUGCAACAUUAAAAGAACAUAAUUUGAAGUCAAUUCUAUUUGAUAAAACAUCUGGAUAUAAUUAUUUAAUUGAUCAAUCAAAUAAACGUGCUUGUCUAUGGGCUUUACGUACACUUGUUAGUCGAUGUGUACUAUCAAAUAAUAAAAAUAGUCUCAAUGAAUUUCUUAAUAAAUUAAAAACUCAUUCUCAAACUCCACUAAUAACUCAGACAAAAAAUAUUGAAUUAAAUAUUAAUAACCAACAAAUAGUAAUUGUUAAUACUCAUCUAUUAUGUUUACAUUCCGAUUAUUUCAAAACAUUAUUUAAUGGUCCUUUUUUUGAACGGAAUCAAGCAGUUAUAUCGAUUCAUUUACCUGAAACAAUAUCAAUUGAAUCAUUUAUGCAUUUAAUAAAAAUAUUAGAGAAUACCAAUGAAUCAAUACAAUUAAAUCGUAUAUUAGAUUUAUUUCAUUUAUGUGAUAAAUAUUUAUUUGAUUAUUUACCAUAUCGACUUGUUCAUUAUGUACUUGAACAAUUUAUAAAUGGAACAACUGUUGAUGUUGUUGAUAUUGUAUCCAAACCCAAUUUAAUCUCAUCUCUUAUUCGAGCUUGUUUUCUACAUCUAUUAACAAGCAAUACAAAUAUUUCUGUUGAAAUAUUUUCUAAAUUAAUAAUAAAUUAUUCGAAUGAACUUCAAUCAUUGAUUCUUUCAUUUUUACAACAUAAAUAUUGGUUUCACGAUGAAUAUUCACCUUUUUUAUCGUGA